AUGAGUUCUCUGCCGGGUGCUAGGGCCUUGGCUAACAGCUUUCAGCGCGUCGCGAGCCUGCCCUCCCUGGGGGAGGAAGCCCUUACCGCCGCCGCCGCCAAUGCUCCUGCCGCGCCUCCUGCACCGGCCCCCAUUCCUGCCGCACUUGCCGUCGCGCCCCCUGCCGCCGUCGCCGCCGCCACUUUUCCCCCCCGCGUGGCCACAUACACCCGCGGGGGGCGGGUUCAACGGUUCACCAUGGUGAACAUUGUCGCGGCUAUCUGGACUCUCAUCCUCUUGCGAGAAACGUCCUUGCGAGUCUACCCCUUCCAUUUCUUUUUUAUAAAUUAUCUAAUAUUUAAAAUUAUUAUAGUUUUGCAGCUAUCUAUUUGCGGAUGUAUCUUGCGGGUGGGAAUAAAUUUAUACCUCUUCCAGCGCUUGCAGACUAUUCUUCUACUUUAA